CACUGCACGACCAUUUAGCACGCUAUUUGUUCUUGGCUGGAAUGGAAGCUGUGCAACACCAGACAAAUGCAGGCUUUGUUUUCCAAUUAAGUUGAUUUAUAACCAGUCGCCUGGCUGUAGUUCCCGAAUUGUUUCACAGGCUACGGUGCCAAAAAACGGGUUUGAUCAUGUAUUGCGCAAGACUACCGCUCGUGUUCAAUUGGCUCGUCUUUUUCUCAAACCUUCCGCCCAGGAGUACGGUAUUUGCUUAAAAUACUGUCGAUCAGCCUUUCAGUCUUACCUUAUUGGUAGUCAAAUUAUGACGUCACACCCGCGACGCUUGCAGCCUGAAAUUUACGGUGUUUUGAUAGUUUCUCGUGUAUUUUGGAGUCUAAAUCCAGCAUAGUGAUGGAAAUGAAACUGACUACAGUUGAUACUUCAUUCAUGUUAUUUCUCAAUUCAGGUCUAGUUUAGUUUACAUGACUGGAUAAGUUGCUGGAGAGAAGUUAUAAUGUUGUCUUCAAGGUUUGGGUUGUAGCUAUUAACUAUUGUAAUGUCAAAGUCCACUUUAUGGCAGUAUUUUGUGGAUUGUAGCACAGAUGGUUAGCGGGAUGAGUUAACUUGUCUAUUCGGCUAGUUGUCAGUUGUUGUUUUUUUGCAAACAUUGGUGGCAUUUGCCACUUCUAUUUUGACUGAUUAUUGAGCUGAUUAUUGCUAACGAGAUACACGACUCAAGAUUGGUUGCUAAACAUGAAUGAUCCCGUACACUCAUUAGUCAAGGUCCUCGAGUCCUACAGGGGAAGAGAUAAAGUGAUACGGACACUUUGCUAUGGGUCCCAACUUGUUGGUGGAGCCCUGUCUGAGAAGACAGCCGGAUCCUCACAGAUGGGGAAAAGUCUCUUGCUGUUCUCGGCCCAGCUUAGCCACUGCCGUACUGUACUCCGGCUCUUCGAUGACCUGUCGAUGUUCGCUUAUUCCAGGAGCUAUGGUUUAGGGGGCACGGAGGCAGACCGGGUGUUGCGCUGGAUGUCCGUGCUAACGAACGUGGCCGACCAGCUAUACUACCCCUGUGAGCACGUUGCAUGGGCCGCUGAUGCCCAGCUCAUCAGAGUCGAGUCGGACAAGUGGUGGACCUUAAGCACUUUGAUGUGGGGUCUAUCGUUGCUGUUUGGCAUUCUGAGAUCUGUCAGAGUGCUACUACUGCUGAAGAGAAGACUGAGGAAACCAGGGCAUACCAGACAGAUUGAUAUCAGCGAGGCACAUGUGAACAGGAGCUCUGAAGUUCGACUCCAGCUACAAGCAGAAGUACUUAAUAUUCUCAGCAGCAUGGCAGACCUGAGCAAUGCCAUUCAUUGGAUGCCCCCUGGCUUCCUGUGGGCAGGACGCUUCCCUGAUUGGCUAGUGGGACUUCUGGGUACCACUUCCUCUUUGAUUGGGUUGUACCAGAUGACCUCAUCUUCUGAGGGAGAAACUACAAACUGAGGGUCUUUGUUUAGAACACAGGUGUCAAACUCCAGUCCUGGAGGGCCGGAGUGUCUGCUGGUUUUUGGGGUGUUCUGGGUUCAUUGAAGUCACUGAUUGGUUAAAAUAUCCACACGCCUUGUUCUCAAGGCCUUAAUUGGCAGCUGAUUGAAAGGAAACCGCAAAAACCCGCAUACACUGUGGCCCCCUGGGGAUUCAGUUUGACACCCCUUGUUUAGAAUAUACAAUACUUUGUUAGAUGUAUGUUUGAUUGUCUGAAAUCAUGUCAAUACAACCUGAUAGGUUUGUUUAGGGAAGUGAUUUCAGUUAUGUCGCCCAUGUGCUGAGGCUAAUUGGGUUGUACAUUUUUUAAUUGUCACUUAAUUAGCUGAAUAUGCACAGUUAGGUGUUGAUUUUAAAAUACCUUUUAGAAUAAAUGAGCUAUUUAUGAUUUAGAACUUGCAAAAGUCAGUGAAUGUAUUGCAAUAAUCACAGAAGAGGACUCUAUGUAUGUAAGUGCAUGUAAGGCUGGGACUUGAUUGUGGACCUCAGCUACAUAUUUAGGUGGUAGCUCUAAAUUGCUACUUGUGCCCACUUCAAGAUGAAAUAAAAAUGUGGGACUGAUUUAA